UUAAUGCAGCGGCUUUGAGUUCAGACUGAAGUCAGUCAGUGCUGCUGCAUGUGAGAUGAUCAUACAGAAUCUCUCUAAUGGAAAUAGUUCACACAUAAAUGUCUCCGAGGUGCGAAUGAACGGCAAACGCCUCAAAUAACGACGAACUCAGUCGCAGAAUGUCAUCGUCUGUCCGGUUCGUCUGUGGGGGGUCAGGAUCCACGGGUCACAGACUGGUGCUCGCUGUCCAUCACUAACCCUUCAGAGGACAGCCGGCCGGUCAGCAGCGUGUGCACCGUCUCGUCUGUGUCGUCCAUCGAGGGGACAGCGGCUCCCCGACAGCACGGUCUGUGAGAGCUCCAUCACCCUUCACCAGCGUCAUCAUGGCGCCCAGCCCUCAGCUCACACACGUGGAUCGUGUGGUCAUGGAGAUUAUCGAGACGGAGCGGAUGUACGUCAGGGAUCUGUGCAGCAUCAUAGAGGAUUAUCUUGUGCACAUUAUUGACACCAGGGACCUUCCCAUCAAACCGGAACAAGUUUGUUCACUUUUUGGGAAUAUUGAACACAUUUAUGAAUUCAACAGUGAGUUAUUACAGUCUUUAGACAUGUGUGCCUGUGAUCCUGUGGCCAUUGCACGCUGCUUUGUGGACAAGAGAGAGUGUUUUGAGAUCUACACGCAGUACUGUACAAACUACCCAAAUUCAGUGGCGGUGUUGACCGAGUGUCUGAGGAAUAAGUCUCUGGUGAAGUUCUUCCGGGAUCGUCAGGCGUCUCUCAAGCUCUCUCUUCCGCUGGGAUCUUACCUGCUCAAACCAGUUCAGAGGAUCCUCAGAUAUCACCUGCUGCUUCAGGAAAUCGCCAAACACUUUGACCCGGAGGAGGACGGGUACGAGGUGGUGCUCGAGGCCAUAGACAGCAUGACGGGAGUCGCCUGGUACAUCAACGACAUGAAGAGAAAACACGAGCACGCCGUGAGACUUCAGGAGAUCCAGUCUCUGCUCUUAAACUGGAAGGGUCCGGAUCUGACCACAUACGGUGAGCUGGUUCUGGAAGGAACGUUUCACGUCCACCGCGCCAAAAACGAGAGAACCCUCUUCCUGUUUGAUAAGAUGCUGCUCAUCACCAAGAAACGAGGAGAACAUUACGUCUACAAGACUCACAUCUCGUGUUCAACACUGAUGCUGAUAGAAAGUGCUAAAGAUUCGCUGCGCUUCAGCGUGACGCAUUACAAGCAGCCCAAGCAGCCGCACACGGUUCAGGCCAGAACGGUGGAGGAGAAGAAACUGUGGGCUCAUCACAUAAAGAGACUCAUUCUGGAGAACCAUCACGCCGUUAUACCACAGAAAGCCAAAGAUGCCAUUCUGGACAUGGACUCGACAUGUCCAGUAAAGUACCGCUACAGUCCAGACAGGCUGAAGAAAGCGGCGUCCUGUCAGACGGAGGAUUUCUCUGCGAUGUUAAAGGAACGGAGACGCUCUGAACCAGCGAAACGAAGUGUGAGACGAACAAAAGGCACACUUAAGCAUGCAGACAGCGAAGGGACUUUAGUAGUCGAUCAAGACCAUCUUUCCAUUCUGUCCGCUACCAACGUCACGACUGUGAGCUCAAACCCAGAACUCAAGACCGCGUCACCUGGAAUGAUUCAGAAUGGACAAGAUCGUGAAUCCAGCACAGGCUCGCUGGAUGACAUCAAGGAACGUAGAUUUGAAGAGAAAGCAAAGAGCGCGGAGGACACCAUAGGAGGAGAUGAUGGAGAGGAGGAAGAUCUGAUGGGAGUUGAGCAGGAGAGAGAUGGUUGUUUGGAAAAUUGGCCAUUGAACAAAAGCAGCCAAACAGCCACUAAAGAAAAUCACGAUGAUAUUACUGAAAGUUUGUCUUUCCUCGGACAGAGCUCAACUGGGGAACGCAGUUCACAGAAGUUCUUCCCUCCCUUUAGAGAGUCAGAGGAGACGGGUGUGGACCAAUCCGAUAAUUAUCCCGAAAUGUGUGAGCCAGUAAUAGCAGGAUGCCACACUGAUCCAGAGAUAGUACACCUCAAUAACAGAGGACAAGAAAUCAGAGAUAAUAUAGCGGACUGUGUUGUAUUCCCAUCCCCUACUGGACUCGAAGUGAAGGAAAAAGAAGGGACUCAAGCCAGCAGGAACCUCGCAGAGUAUGUGCCGAACAUUGAGGUAGAUGUGGACGUUGAAGCACCUUGUGGCCUCUCUUCUUCACCCGUACUGGACAAGGCAAGCAAUAUCUCAGAACAAUGUGUCCGCAGCAUCUCUCAAAGAAGCAGUCUAGGAGUCGAAGGGUCAUUUGACUUGGGCUGCCCGUCGUCUUGGUCGGAAAGUAGAAGAAGCAGUUUGCUCAGCAGUGGCGCUGAAACCAAUGAGAAAGACAAAGGGCAAGAGUUUAGACAGUCCACUCCAGAAUUAAUAACGGAGACCAUUCCUGACAGCACGUUCUUACCAGACCAAAGGUCUGAAAAGAAACAAGACACUCUUUCCAAAAAGGACCGAUUGCUCAUACAUAAGAUUCAGCGAUACUACACACAUGCUGAGCACCAGGAUGCUAGCUUUGCCAUCAAACGCAGAGAGAGCCUUUCAUACAUCCCUGCGGGCCUAGUUCGUAAUCUCAGCCAGCAACUCAAUUACCAUACAGACGAAGAUUUGGCUUUGCACAAGAGAGCGUUUUCUGUCACAAGGCCUACUUUAUGGUCUGUCUUUAAUCUUCCAGGCUUGGGGGAUGAUAAGAAAGCAAAGGAUAGCUCUGAUUUUGUGGUUCCUGCAUAUGGCAAAGAGUCUAAGCUUAGAGACCUAAGUGUGAAUGAGGAAUUCCAGCCUGCAUCUGAAAUGGUUAAAGUGUGGCAAGACAUAGAAGUGGAGAUAACUGGGACUUCUGAGCAACAUCAGGACUCCCAGAUGAAUUUCCAGAUGACUUCACCUGGUGAAGAAAAAAAAGCAGAAACCAGUAAGGUGAGCUCGGAUAGUGGAUUUGGGGAACCUCCGGUAAUAUGGGAAGAAUCUGAUGAGAACUCUACCUCAUCCCCAAACAACAAAAUCAUUGAAAAGGACAAGAUGAAAGAUUUCCAGAGGCUUUCAAACGAGAAACACAAGUUACAAGAGCGGCACAAGGUCAACCACCCUCCUCUACCGAAGAUCAUCUCCUUAAGGUCCUCCAAUGAAGAUGAAGUCAUCCUUCAAGAUAUGGAGAAGAUGAAAAAUAAGGUGUUUCAUUUGGCCAGGCAGUACAGUCAGCGUAUCAAAAACAGCAGACCGGUAAGGCAGAGGCCCAAGAUCUCAGAGAACUAUUUUGUGCCCAAGAUCCUGUCUUCAGUGAUGGAGGACAGACCUCCAGGAAAAGAGAAAGGCAUACCUGACAGCCCACAGUUGCUGAACUUGAAUGAGCAGGACCUUAUCCUGGACUCUACGCCUACUAGUCCACCUUCCAGCCUCUGUUCUCCUGGAAGUCCUCAAUUCCCUAAUUGCAGAUUAUAUGCCCAGAGACCACAAAGUCCCGUACAAACUGAGACCUUCCACUGGCCGGAUGUCAAAGAGUUGCGUUCCAAAUAUAACAAUCAAAGGAACGAUGUUGCAACCGACUCCUCUCGUCCGUUCCCAGUGAGUCGUAGUACUUCCUUUCAAGAAAGAGCUCUGGAGAACCGAUCGGAGAGAUCCAGAGCAUUACGUUCUUUGUCUUGUUCAUAUUCUUUAUGCAAUAUCUCAGUUCAGAGAACCACAUCCACAGAUUCUACGUGUUCCAGCAAGACCCUUGAAGGUGAAGGUUCGCCUUCGAUGUGUAGAGUUAAUGCUUUUGAUUUUAGCUCGGGAUCCACUAAUGCACAUGAGCGAUUGGAGAGAGGUUGCAACGCUGGUCAAUAUGAGAACAACCUCAUUUUAGUUGAGAGGAUCUGCCAGGUCAAGCAUGAAGAGGGAGAUUUAGUAACGGGGAGAGAGAACAAUAUUGAGAAUCAACUAUCUGAACGCGCAAACGGUAAAGAGCAGAACUUUAGUUCUUGGAUGGAAAAGGCAGAGAACGGCCAACAUAGUUUGGUUAAGAACCUGCGGGAGAGAUUUCAGAACCUGAGUUCUUACACAUGAGACUUAAAAUGCAAAAUAUUUACUCGGCUGUUAUUCUGAUCUCCAAAAAUAUGUAAAUUGACCACGGUUGCACAGGUUAAGCAUGAAUGUUAACCUCCAGUUAUGCAUUAUUAGCAAACCAACUGAAAAAGUAUAUUUAUGAGAUUUGCAUUUGUAAAUAUAUGUAUAUUUGUAUUUUCUUGCAAUAUUGUAUGCAUAUUUCAUUGAGAACACUUUUUAAAGGAGCCUACUGUGGUACUGUAAUUUUUUGAAAAGUGGUUAAAUAUAUAUAUUAUUUCUUACAGACAUUUUUAAAUAAAAAGCAAUACGGAUGGACAUACAAAUAGGUCAGUGCAUACGAAGUUACCAGUGCACCUGUUUUUGUUAGAUGUGUUACAUUUGUCAUGUUUUCAGAAAAGCACUGCAAUAUUAAAUGCAAUAUGUUAGUUAUUUUGAAAGGCACUGCCUGAUGUCUCUUCACUGUUUGUGUUUCGAGCACUGACCGGAGGAAAGGGAGUAAUCUCAUAAAGACGUCAUUCCACACUAAUGAGGAGAAAACUGGAUAUCAUAAUCAGAUAAAGCCAGAUGAUUGAUAAACAGUGAGCAAAGCUGAUGUCAUUUUCAAUCUGGAAUGUUUUCAGAUGGGUUUGUACAGUUACAAAUGGUCAAAUAGUGCUCGGUUUGCCAAUGCUGCUCUUUUUAUUUUAUUUUUACAACGUAUUGUGCCGUGUCUGUCUUACUGUUGCUAAUUUCUUAGUUGAUUUAAGGUCAGAUGUGAUUCCACUCAUUUGAGAAUUUACCUGCAAAAUUCUCAGCAUUAUGAGGUCAUUGAAGUUAAUGGAUAAGCAAUUUGGGCAACAUUAAUGCACGGUCACAAAAUGUGUGUUUGGGUGUCGUUUAAUGGGAGAUUUCAUAAGCUAGCUUGUUUUCGGGUUGUAUUUUUCUGCUCAUUGUUAGGGUUUAUUUCCGAGCAUGACGUCACUGUUAUCUUUUAUAUUUAACCUUUUUUUUAUUUAUUUGAAUUGGUGUAAAUAUGAUGCACAAUACCUCUGUAAAAACGUUCAAUGCAUUUCCUGUUUUACAGUCAGAAUACAUUAAAAGAAGCUUUCCACACUA